CAUUUCUCCAACUCACAAACACAAUCACCUUCUCCAUUUCCACCAAAUUUGCCUUCAAAAGCAAAGAAAAAGGAAAUGGAGAUCUCAAAAACAACUUUUAUUGUGUUCAUGGUUUUAGCCAUGGCCCAUUCUUCACUAGCCCAAAACGCUCCCAAAGAUAUCGUUAUUGUCCACAACAAAGCCCGUGCAGAAGUUGGUGUCCCACUCCCACCAUUAAAAUGGAACGACACUCUUGCUUCCUAUGCCCAUGACUAUGCCACCACAAAAUUAGCUGAAUGCAAAUUAAUACAUUCUGAUGGACCCUAUGGUGAAAAUCUUGCCAUGGGCUACGGCGAAUUUUCGGCGGUCGACGCUGUUAACCUGUGGGUAGGAGAGAAACCAAACUAUGAAUAUGCAACAAAUUCUUGCAAAAGUGGGAUGUGUGGGCAUUAUACUCAAGUGAUAUGGCGUAACACACUUCAAGUUGGAUGUGCGAGAUUGAAAUGCCAGAAUGGUGAAGCUUGGUUUGUGUCAUGUAACUAUUAUCCCCCUGGAAAUUACAUUGGAGAACGUCCUUAUUGAUUAAUAUAAUUAAAAUGGUUUUAAUAUAUUAAUUUCAUUCCAUGCAAGUAUAUAUAUAUAUAUGUUACGUUCCAAUUUUCAACAUGUAAUAGGGGAGAUGGUCGUAGCUAGCCCUGCGAUCGUCGAUCAGUUUUUGUGAAAAACAAAAAGGAAUAUAAGGACUAAUUUUGGA